AUGAGCGAGGCGAAAGAGGUGAAGACGUCGCCUACAUUAGUGUCUGAAAAGAACCCCAAGGGAAUCCGGCCGUAUACCAAGGGUGCGCGUGACGACUGCUUCCUGAAGUUUGGCCACAGCGUGGAAGAGCACGGUGAGUCGGCCCGUAAAUGCGAGGAGCUCGUCCGCAAGCACCGUGAGUGCAUGGCUGGCCUUGGCUUCAAGGUCUAG